AUUGUAGUCGAUGGGGCGUGUGAGGGGAAUGGUAUGACUGGAGCUAGGGCAGCGGCCGGAGUAUUCGUCGGCAAAACAUCCCAGUACAACAAGAGCGUUCUCUUAGCCGAGCCGAACGCAACAAACCAGGUUGCAGAGUUACGGGCUAGGAUCCUUACGCUUCGCCAGGUAAUAGAUAUACAGAGCCAGUGUUUUAGAGAGGAACAGCUUCGGAUGGUUGUCAUUAAAUCCGAUUCGGAGUAUUUGGUCAAGGGGAUAACUAAGCGGGUAUUUAAGUGGGAGAAUAACGGCUACCGAAUAUACAAGGGAACGCCGGUAAAGAACUGGGAGCUUUUUAAGAAGUUAGACGGAUUAAUUAGAAACUUAAAUAAGCUUAACGUCGAGGUUUUAUUCUAG